AUGCUCGUCAAUCUGUCAAAUCGUCUACUCAUUUACUUACUCAUUAGAUCUGACAACUCUUUCUUCGCCGUCUACGACGCGAGUUUGAACUCCUCGCGGGUCCAUCCAUUGACUGCUCAUAUCCUCCCUCAAACCAUAUUCGCCUUCUGGUCAGUUGUCUAUCGUCGCGAGCUUCGCGCUUUGAGGCUUUGCGGUGAUCUCACCGCCACCAAGAAUUCACCUCUUCACAGCCGUCAGGGUCUGCAUCUUGUUGUGGCCUGCGUGUCGUUUAAGUUUGUUUCGCGUCAAGAGUUAGCGCUUCGAGAAAUCUCUACUGCUAUUGACUCACUCUCCUCCUCCUCCGCCUCUUUCGAUCCAACCGAUUGGAUCACAGAAGCUGUAGCCUGCGGUUUGAUCCAAGAAUUUGAUGACUCCGAUUUUGGCAUACCUCGGAUUCUUAAGGAAGCCGAGGAUAGUGAAUGGAUAACUCGUCAAGCAAUUGGAAUUGAAACCCUCCCUCCAGGUCUUUUAAAACAGCUGGAAAUGAUGGAUGCAGAAGAGGAGCAAGAAGGUAUUGAUUAUGAGGUUGCCACUGCCCCAUUAUCUCCACAUGGUUCUAGGAAGCGUAGACUUCUAUCUGACCAAGGUGUUGGUAGAAUGUCUUCUAAGAGGCCUCGUAGGGAUCAAAAAAUGCGUACAUCCAAGUACCUCUCUCCUACAUGGGUCAUCAUCGCCAACUGCCUCCUUGAACACGGUAUGUAUAAGGAGGUGAAUGCACUGGAGGGCUUGAUUGCCAAGUUUGCAGACACAGUAACGAAUGGGAAUUUUAAUGCACAUGCUUUUAUGCGUCGAUGGCUAUGGCUUCGAUGGUUGGGUAUGAAGAGCUGUCUAGAAGACCUCCUCAAUCCUAUCUUCAUUACCGGUGGAGGUGCUCCAUCAGUCAGCGUGGAAGGACUCAAAGACCUAAGCGUGUGUAUUCACUCUCUUCGAGCCUUGGCAGAUAUUGCUGAGAAGGCGAUGUCUGCUGUUGAUUGCAAUGGUGAUAGCGGGGAGACGGUGUCGAAUAAGGCUAAACUCAAAGUCAUUCAAAUGCUUGCCGAGUACACUCACUCAGUGUCCCUUCUUCUGCGAUUGGGUCUACUUCCACAGGCCUCUGACUGUGCUUAUCGGUUGAGAGCAUCAAGUGAAGCUCUCCUGUCACCCUACGAUCCUACUGAACUCAGUAACUUUCUUGCCAAACUGCAAUCGGCGCACGGGCAGACAACCAUCCCUCCUACUCCUCCUUCCAUCACUCAUUGCAUCAUGAACUACCUCCGCCAGCUAUUGUCUGCCGUUGAGUUGGACGAGGAAGCAGCGGCGGCCGUUGAGUCGGAGGUGACCACUGUCUACCCACCCCGCCAUCUCCAGUCCGUGUGCGCUUUGUGGCAAUGCCCCGGGCCGACACCCCAGCUGCCUACCAUCCGUUUAGCGCUCCUCACCUUCCUCCUCUUUGACAGUGUUGCCGUUAACGCUCUCCAUGGUGGAAAGGUGAACGAGAAUGAGAAGAAAAGCAGUGAUGGCACGGAAUGUCCGGAGGUAAAUGGUGCCAGACGAGUGCGUCUUGCCACGCAGACAUCCAAAGGAGCAGGUACCUCCAGUUUUGGACCAAUAGCUCAGGCUGUCAAAUUGGUGAGUUUAGUAUCUGGUAUCCAUUUUCAAGCCCUUUUGUUCUCUUUCACUUCCAAGCUAAGUUGA